GCCAUCGCGCGCCUUGACCCCGGUACGGUGGCCCGGCCGGAAGCAGAAUGUCUGAUUGCUUGAUUUUCUCCCCCAAGAGUUUAUGGACGAAAAGGAGGCAAGAAAAACAGGGCGUUAUUCCAGUCUUUUGAUUAGAAGACUCUUCGAGACAGGAGGCAACCAUGACGUCAAAGAGGUCCAUCAGUGAGACUUCGUCAUCUCCUAACCAGGGAGCCUCCAGCAGCACAGGGGAGCCUCCCGCCAAAAAGGUCUAUGUAGAACCUUACAGCAUAGGAUCAGUUUCCUCUCAGGAGGAAAUGGAUAUCAAAGUGCUGCGAUUUCAGAAUAAAAAGUUGGUCGAGAGACUUGACAUUCGGAGUGUCCUGGAGAAUGAUCUUAGAGGGCAGAUUGAACGUCUCCAACAAAGACAGAACACAGAUGAAUAUGUACUGGGAUUGAUGAAUCAAUACUGGACACAGCUUGAAGAAGAUUUAAGGAUCUUACUAGAGAGGUUCAAGGUUCCUGUCACCGAGACCAAACCAGCUGUAGUUAGCUUUCCACCUGUCAUCAGCUUUCCACCUAUCAAACCUGACCCUGAACCGUCACCAGAAAUCAAGACAGAACCAGUCACAAUCAAACAGGAAAUCAAACAGGAACCUGGGAUAGAGGUCAAAGUUGAACCAGUAGAAGUCAAGGGUCAGGGGUCAGAUUGUAAUAUGGAAGGAUCUGAUGAUUCACAGGAGAGGAUAUACAUGGAUAGUGAUAGUAAAGACAGCAUAAAGGAAGAAAAGAAAGCCAAUGAAGAGAUCACAUCAUUCCUUGCCAUGAUGUCCAGCUGUGAUCAAACAGAGAUAGAUAUCAGACUCAAAGAGCGUUGUAAGUUUUCUACAGAAGCAGUCUCCAAGCUACUCCAGUCUUUUGAUGAUCUCAAGAGUAGACAGGAAACAUUUGUCAAAGAGAUGGCAGUCACAGAGUCUGAGCAAGGUUUAAAGAUAGUGAAUGAUCAGCUGUAUGAAGAAAACAAGAGAUUGACUGACAUGAUGGCUUCAUUGCAGGAAAGACAAAGAGAAACAACUAUGAAGUAUACUGGUUACAGUGAUAAGCUUGUUUCAGUUGAAACCAAACUUGCUGAAGCUCAUAACCAAAUGGAUGAUCUUCAGUAUGAUCUUAACCAGGCCAAGCAAAGAGUGUUCAAACUAGAACUUCUUCUAGAAGAAAGCUAUACUAAACUAAAAACAGCAACCUUCAUCGGAGGGUCUGGUGAUGGAUCAGGUGGAUUAGCAUCAAAACAGCUUCAGAGUAUUGUGAAUGAUCUUGAAGAGAACAAAGACUUGGCUUCAAGUCGUCUUAAUGACCUGGAGAAGCUUCAAGAGAAAUACCAAGAUGUUGUCAAAGACUUAGAGCAGUCAAAGAUGAAUAUUAAACUAUUACCUGACCAUGUGAUAAAGGAAACGGCCACCUACAAAUGUCUUCAGUCUCAGUUCUCAGUGUUGUACAAAGAAGCCCAAGAGAUGAAAUCACAGAUGGAAGAUUCUCGGGCAUUAUUACAACAGACCAAGAAUACACAUCUCAGACAGAUUGAACAGAUGGAGAGCGAUGAACUUGCCUGUCAGAAAAAGUUACGUACAGAGGUGAUGCAGCUUGAAGAUAAUCUAGCUCAGGUACAGAAGGAAUAUGAGAUGCUGAGGAUAGAGUUUGAACAGAAUCUAGCUGCUAAUGAACAAGCAGGUCCAAUCAACCGUGAGCUUCGUCAUCUCGUAUCCAGUUAUCAGAGUCAUAAUGCCCAACUCAAAGGAGAGAUAAGCCGCUACAGGAGGAAAUUAAAAGAAGCACAGGUUGAAAUAUCUAAGUUAAAAACUGAAGUUGAGAAACAUGGUCAACUUGGCAAUAGCACCUCACAUCACGGCGGAACGUCAAGUUCAUCAUUAGGAUCUUCCUCAGGGAGUGGAAGCAGUGGUAGCAACAGUAAUAGCAAGGAUGCCAGCUCAGAACACAGGGAAGGUGGGCAUGAUCAAUCUAAGCGUGAUGACCACACCCACCACCACCACCACCAUCAUCAUGUGGAUGAGAGGAAGGAAAGAGAGAGGAAGAGGGAGGAUAGUGGGAAAGAUGGAAUGAAGAAUGAGUCAGAUCUGGUCAAAGAAUUAAGAGCAUCAUUGAAGAAAGCUCAGGAGAGUCAGAAAGAACUCAAGUUGCUGCUUGAUAUGUACAAGGGUCUAGCGAAAGAGCAGAGAGAAAAGGCGCAGAUAAUGUCUAAUGAGAGGAAGGCUAGGAUGGAGAUUGAUGAACUCCAAAAAAGAAUACGCCACCUAGAGGAGAGGGAGAGACAGGAGAGUAGAAAGAUGGCUGAUGACGAUGCGAUGAGAAAGAUACGAGCACUCGAAGAAGGCAUUCAUCAGCUUCAAAAGAAACUUGCUGAAAAGAAACAGGAGGAGGAAGCUCUGUUAUCUGAAAUGGAUGUAACAGGCCAAGCCUUUGAAGAUAUGCAAGAGAUGAAUACAAGACUCUUACAACAACUCAGAGAAAAGGAUGAUGCUAAUUUCAAACUCAUGUCUGAGAGGAUAAAAUCAAAUCAGAUCCACAAGUUAUUACGAGAGGAGAAGGAUGUUCUAGCUGAUCAGGUAGGGACGUUACAAACCCAGGUCGAUGCUCAGAAUCAGGUUGUUAGGAAGCUGGAGGAGAAAGAGAGGGUGUUACAGACUACUUUGAGUACUGUAGAGAAAGAACUUACUCUAAGACAACAAACCAUGGAUAUGCAUAAAAGAAAGGCCAUGGAUAUUGCUCAACAAGCUGCAGAUUUAAAACUAAAGCUAGAUAAGAUAGAUGGAACGACGGAAGAACUCCAGAGGAUAGUGAAAGAAAAGUCAUCAGCAGUAGAGCAAGAGAAUCAUAAAUUUAGGAGAGCACAGGAGGAAUGUGUGAGCUUGAAACGUAAGGUGGAGAGGUAUAAGAGAAUGGAACUAGCAAGCAGUGCUGAUGAGGUCUUAGCAGAAGAAGUCAGAUCAUUAAAGGAACAACUGACCUGCCCAUGCUGUAAGAAAGGUCGCAAAGACGUGGUCCUCACAAAGUGCUUUCAUGUCUUCUGCUUCAACUGUAUCAAGACGCGAUAUGAAACCAGACAGAGAAAGUGUCCCAAGUGCAAUGCUGGCUUUGGAGCCAAUGACUACCAUCGAAUAUGGUUAGACUGAGGAUAUUUCAAAGUUGUUUUAACUUUGCUCCUGGACUGGUGAUGUCAUUGUGACAUUGAUGGUGAUGACUGACUGUAAGGUAUUUGUAACAGCUGAUGAAAAUUGGGCUGGUGUUGAGUUUGGCUGUGUCAUUGAGCCUAGUGUGAUGGCAAUGAUAUAAGAAGGAUUGGAAUAAAUGUGAAUGCUACAAGGUGUAACCAGCUGAAAUAUGGAUUUUGAUUACAUUGAAUCGAUUGAUUAUGUUAAUCAAUCAUGGCAUGAAGAAAAAGCCUCUUAUCCGAUGUCUCAUUAUGUGGAAAGAAUUGAUUUGUCUCUGUUAUUGAAAAUGUGAUGCCGAGUUGCUUGUAUGAUACAAUACGCUGCUUGAUUGACCAGACUUUGACUUUUACCCCCAUUUAACCAAUGUCAUUCUGCAUGGUUGUAUCAUUUAUAUUCAAUUUAUCACAUCCAUAUCAUUAGCUGAAUUUAUCUACUUUGUGUGAUCGGGAAGAACUCAAUUUUUUGUAGGACAUUCCAUAAGGUGAUAUUCUUUUGUUCUUUGCAGCAAAAUAGUGGCACUGUCCAUCAUUAGUUCACUUGGUUCGUGGUAUUUCAUUGUAUUAUUAGAUAAUACCAGAUAAGGAUAUAUUUUUUCACUGUCCUCAAAUAUAGUCAAGUAACUCAAUUUUGCUAAUAGCAGAGUCAAUAUUCCUUUGUACAUACACACCAAAGAUUAGUAUUAAUCAUGGUUCCAACAUCAUUAAGUGGUGCUGUAUUCCAAUCUAUAUCAGACUUUGCUUGAAUCAUGUUCAUUUAAGUGUACUGUAAACUCAAUCUUGUAUGUCCAAUCAUUCCAUCUAAAAAAACAAAAACUACCCCUUCCCAAACCCUCUCUGCCAGACGCCAAUGCUUGCAUACUCCAAAGCCUUGUUUAGAUAUUACUAUUUUUUUAGUGUUCAGAUAUGGUUCGACAGCUUUUUGCGAUAAAGUUUAUACCUGCAUAUUAUUACGCUUGUGGCCAAUCAACUAUGCUCAAGUGAGUUUGUGUGCACUCAAUGAUUGUGCCCGAACAUAAUAUGCACCUCAGUGCAACAAGUGCAAAGCAAAAAGCAUAACAUAAUUCUAAUAUUUUGUAUGAUAUUUGCCCAAACUCAUGACAUGGGUCUUUCCAUGAAGCUGGGGCACAAAUUGUGACAUUUCAUCAUAACUCAAUACUAAUUAUACGAUACAUUUAUUGUUGUAGGCUUUACAUUUGUAUUAAGACCAUACAUUUUACUGGAAAUUUGGGGCCAUUUAGACUAAUUUUCCAUUAAGUUAUUAAGCAAAACAGUGUAUAAUGCUGUUUAGUUGACAGUGGACAUGGUGUCCGUGUAGCAUAGGGAUAUUUACAUUUGGUCCGUAAAGUUAAAUUAAUGUGCAUAUUGUAUCAAGUGUUGGUCAACCUUAUUGCCAUAAUUUUACUUUUAGGUCCGAAUGUAAUUAUCCCGAUGUUACAUGGACACUUUUUGCCUGUAACAGCAUCAUUCUCUAUUUUGCUCAAUAACUUCAUGAAAAAUCAGUCUAAAUGGCCCCAAAUUUCCAGUAAAAUUUAUGCCUUUGAUUUAAAUGUAAAACCUACAAACAAUAAAUACAUAGUACAAUCAGUCUUGAGUUAUGCUGAAAUGACAAUUCAUGCCCCAACUUCAUGGAAAGACCCAUGUCUGAUUUCAUAAUUGAAUUGCAGUAUUUUGUAGGCCUGCCUCUGCCUCUGCAUCUUAUUCUUAUGUGUUGCAUCCCAUUGACUUUGUACAUUGAAUUUGGCUUGGGUUUGUCAUGCACUAUCUGAACAUGUCUUUUAGCUGCCAUAAACAACAGAUUUUCAUUGAUUUUAUGUUUCUAAUUUUGAUAUUCAGAGUUUUUCUUUUAAUUCAGGAUCUAGACUACCAGGCUAUUUUAUUUUUUUAUGUUCUUAAUCAAAUCUAAUUCUCAUAGAUGUGCAUUGUUAUCAUGUCCGACAUAACAUGCCAUGAUUAUUGAGUGUCUUCACAUAAUUCUUUGCAAAGACUUUUUCCCAAGUAGUGGAGGAACUUUUGUUGCAUCAUUAUUUUCCUGCCUUUUAAAGCGUGAAGUUUGAUUAUUAUGUUAAAAAAAGUUUUUGUUUUAAAAACAGAUUUCUUCUUAUAGGUGGCUCUCCAGCUUUCUCAAGAAGUCUAUAUAAAUCUGGUCAACUUGUCACUAAAUGUGGCUUCUACAUAACAAAAAAAUAUGUUUGUGUUAUGUACAAAAUAAAUUGUAUGAUAUGUAUUAUGAUAUCUUGUUAUCUGAAAAUAAUGUUUGUAAAUAGAGUUGUAUAUGUAUAUAAGAUUAGGGAUUCAGAAGAUGAAGAGGAUGUCACAUAAUUCAGCUUUACUGAGUGUAGGGGCCUACAAAGGGAGAAAAUACACAAGGGCAUUGAGAAAUUCAAGUUCAUAAAGCCCAUGAUGAACACUACACACAUGCCACCCCUUGGAAAGAGAACCAAGUAAAAUAAUAAAAGUCAAAGUAAUAUAAAUUAUAAUUGAUGAAUUUUUUAAUAGAUUAAGAAUAUACACAUAUAUUUCUGGAUGCUGAAACUCACCUGGCCUUAUAUCUCGAGAAAUUUGUUUUUGACUGAUAUUUCAAGGCAUUGGGCCGUAUGCAUAUAGACAAGCAAUUGCUUAUAAGCAAAUGCUUUAAGCAAAAGCAAAAGCUGGUCAAGCAAAAGGGCAAGUUCAAGCAAUUGCUUAAAUUCGUAUGCACAAGCUUUUGCUUGUGCUGAAACCUUUUGCUUGCACUGCCUAAGCAAUUGCUUAUGUGUUGGACAAAGGAUCGUUACGGUUGUGCGAACAUCGCACAGUAGGACAACGACGCUUCGUUCCCGACCUGGCAGAAGUAUUUUUUAUUACGCAAAUAGGGGGAAAACAGCGCAGAGCAUCAGGGGGGUUUCUGUGUAGAUCGAUGGACAAAAAUUGCCGUAAAAAGUCUAAAAUAACAGGAAUUUGAUUAGAUAUGAAAUCACAACAUAACCUCUGGAAUAUGGAGCUUGAAAUGGUAUGAAAAUUUAAUCCUUAAACGAGAAUGCCAUGAGUAAGCAAGAGCUCAAGCUGUUCUGGAGGUGCUUGAAAAAACGCAAGCAAUUGCUUAUCAAGACAAGUAAAAGGUUUGUUUUAUGCAUACGGUUUUAAGCAAUUGCUUGUUUGGUAAGCAUUUGCUUACGAGUAGUAAGCAAUUGUCUGUGCUUGUAAGCAUAAGCUUUUGCUUAUGAGCAAUUGCUUGUUUGUGUGCAUACUGAUUCAAGCAAAAGGCUAGCACAAGCAAUUGCUUGUUUUUAUGCAUACGGCCCAUUAAUCUGAAGUGCAACUUUUGGCUGUAACCGGGCAAAGAUUCAACACAGUAAUAAAGCUUUUAGUAGUAACUGGUAAAAAAAGCAAACAAUACACAGUGAAUAAAGAGAUUUGCAACUCAUUGUUUGACAGUGUGUUCAAUAUUUGAAAACUUUCAGACCUAAUCUGCCACAACGCUUACCCUUCAUGGAUUUUGAAGAUCACAUUUUUAUGUUUUGCCAUUGAAUGUGUUUUUCCCUUAUUCUUGACUUUGAAAGAUUCUCAGAUUCCCUUCAUACCUUUUGUAAAUACUGUCUCACAUUUAUUAUUAAGGGCUCUUAAUCCAUUGAGUUUCCUGUUGUGUUGUUUCCCUUACACAAGUUAAUAAAGUCAACUGUUGUACCAAUCCAGGGCAUUUUCCCCUUCAGUUUUUUUUAAGUUAACUUAAAAAUAAAGUUUAAAUGAAAUUUUAUUUGGUAAAUAUUUCUAUUAAGAAAUAUUAUGAAUUAUCUGAAAAAGAUUUUUUUUUUUUACAGAUUUUAAAACAAGAAUAAAGGAAGGACCAAUUUUAUUGAUUUCAUGCACAUUCAAAUAUUUAUUGUUAGACCAUUGCCUUCUGAGAGGUUUUCAAACAUUCAAAUAUUUGUUAUUAGACCAUUGCCUUCUAGGAGGUUUUCAAACAUUUUAAUGAUUUCUUCAGAAAGAACUGAGACAGCCUACAGGUGUUUUAUCAUGUGAUAUGAUAUUUGCAUCAGAUUUUAACCAGGGGCUCAUUUCAUAGAGUCACAACUAUGGUAACUUUGCAUUAUGACAACCACCAUGGUAAAAUGGAUCAGUAGCCAAUCUGAAGCAAGGAUUCCUUGUUAUAAUGGCAAAGCUACCAACCAUAGUUAUAAGUUAUAAAAACGAGCUCCAGAUUGGAUUAUGGUCAGGACAGAGAGAUGGGUAGUUUGAUAUUAAAAGCAUAUUUCACAUAGGUUUUAGGAGCAUGUGUCAUUCACCAUUAUAUCAUCUGAGGCACAUUUCAUAAAGGACUUGCAACUGUUGUAACUUUGCCAUUAUCAUUAUGGCAACUACAGUGGUAACGGCUUAUUAGCCAAUCACAAUCCAGGUUACCAUGGUUAUUGCCAAUGGCAAAUUUACCAUACUUAGAAUACUUUAUGAAAAGGGCCCCUGUUCAUACUUUGCAUUAAAUCCUAUGGUGUAUUGUGGGAUAUUGCAUAUUUCUAGUUGCUUGCAGGGAUGUCAGACUCGAUCAUUUCAUUCUUAUUAUUUAGCAGUAAAAUUGUUAUAUCUCAUUCGUAACAUUUAAUGUAGUUUUCAGGUGAAUGAAAGGUACAUCUUUUUUAAGCAUCAAUAUUUUUCCAUAGAAAAAUGGGUUUUCUUGGUCUUGAUAUAAUAAUAACUUUUCAUGUGGAAUGCAAUGUUAUAUUGAUAAAUAAUUGGCAUCAUAAAAUGUAUGUCUAGUUUGAACAUUUCCAGUUGAUUGGUAUACUCAUUAGCAAAGAUAGGAUUUUGGUGUUCCCACUCUAGAUUAGAUUGUAAUUUGAAGUUUGUUGAUUAAUCACAAGGUUGAAAACUCCAUUUUUAUGUAAUGUUGUUUUGAAGUAAGAUUACAUUUAAUACUGCCAAAAGAGUUACUAUUGCAUAUGAGAUCAUAUGUAAUGUUGACAGAAUCAAUCCGGUACCCACAAUGUUGUACUUGUCUUUUCACCCUUAUUUGUGAAAAUGUUUGUUCUGCUUCCAGUAAUUUUAAACUAUAAGGAGUAUACAAUUCACUAAUAUUAGCUAUGAACAUGUGUUACAACGUGAAACACACAUACUGUUCUUGAUGUUGGUAAAAUUUGAGAAUAAAGGAUAGCUGAUGUGCCAUCAGAUACAUAUGUAAAACUGAAGAAUUAAAUAGUAUGUUUUUUACGGCAUUGUGAAUUCUAUUAAAUGACAAUAUUUUACACAGUCAUAUUUUCUCCCUUUUGCCAAUGGAUGAUUUCGAAGUGGAUUAUGUAUAUUACUUGGAUAAGAAAUUACCUAGCAAGUAUGCUUUCCUGUAAUUUUCUGCUAUUUGUAAAAUACAUUGCCUGCAAGGUACCCUUAUUUGCAUUGUUGGAAUAAAAAGCUGAUGUAUUGUGGCAUACCAUGAA